AUGACUAUCUUCACUUCCAAGAGUUCUAUUCCCAAUUCAGUGCCAGGGGCCGAUUUAGUUUCUGUGCAGUUGAUUCCAACCGAGACACUCGAUGAUCUCUUCAACUAUUACAGGGAGAACAUGGACGAUCAUAUUCACCAGAUUCUCACUGAUACGGAUACAUUUGGUUCCAUCCGUCGAAGAUCGACUAUCCUUGCCUCGGCCAUUUGUACCGUUGCUGCAUUUUCAUCGGGCUCCAAAUAUUAUGAGAACUUCUUGAAAGCCUUCAAAUUAGAGGUAUCUGGAAAAUUAUUUUCGGAUUCUUACACAUUCGAUGAUGUCCGGGCUCUCUGUUUAGGAACUUUGUGGCUCCGUGAUGUCUCAAAUUCACUGAAUGGACUAGAUGCUUAA